CGGACACCCGCGUGCCUGCUGCUGGCUUCUGACUGGCUGAUGCCGGAUGUGGGCGGGACCGGGAGAAGCCGGACCUAAGGCGAGUGCGGGAGGCGGGGUCAGAAGCCGGUUGCAGCCUGAGACGUCUGGUAGCUGUCAGAAAAUUCUUCAAUCACUAUGUCAAGCAACACAGAUGUUUCUCUUUCUUCAUAUGAUGAAGAUCAGGGCUCUAAACUUAUCCGAAAAGCUAGAGAGGCACCAUUUGUCCCCAUUGGAAUGGCAGGUUUUGCAGCAAUCGUUGCAUAUGGAUUAUAUAAGUUAAAGAACAGGGGAAAUACUAAAAUGUCUGUUCACCUGAUCCACAUGCGCGUGGCAGCCCAAGGCUUUGUUGUGGGAGCAAUGACUCUUGGUAUGGGCUAUUCCAUGUAUCGAGAAUUCUGGGCAAAACCUAAACCUUAGAAGAGGAGAUGCUGUCUUGUUCUUGUUGGUGGUGCUUGCUUUAGUUAGACAUCUCACAUUGAGGUUAUAUGUUUAUGUUGAAAAUAAAUUGUUUGGGUCAGACAAUUACAUGGGAAUUUGAAUACUGGCUUCCUUUCUUGCAGACUUGAUUUGCCUGGUGACCAGGUUACUGGUGACCAAGUUCACUAGCUAGGUCAUUCAGGGGAGUCGGAUUAGCGCAAAAGAAACAUGUCACUUUUAAAUGCACCUGAUAGUGGUACAAUGUCCACCUUCUUACGAAAUUAGUUCUAAAUAGGACAACGUGCCAAUCCUGACAAUGCUCCCAGUUGCUGCAGAAUAUCAUAUGCUUUUGAUGUAAUGUAGGAAUCCUAUUUACCCCAGUUAAUUUAACUUUCUGACUGACUUGUGGACUGACUACUGUUUUAAGGACUGGCUGGCUCUCGAGGAACCCUUUCAGAACAGUGCAUGGAAUACAACAGUAUAAACCUCCUGGCAAUAUGUGUGUGUGUUUAAACCAAACCUAAAAAAAGCUGGUAACAGAGCUGCUUUGAAGUAGUAUUUAUUUCAGAAUCAUAGUUGUAAACAUGAGAAUAACUUAAUUGUAGAUCCCUGUUUAGCUCUUUUGUAAUUGUAGAAUUAUAUUUUGCGGCUGUUAUAUUAGAGUAAUUUUUAAAUGUCAUUUUGAAAUGGAAGUUUAUAUUUAAGUGCUAAUGGAAAGGUAAAUGAAGAACACUUUUUAAAUGUGUGCAGUAUGUUUGUUUUCUCUAUAAGAAUCAUAAAUGUUUAAAUGAGUUGCCUAUAAUGGAAGUGAUUUAUGAGCAAGCUGGUUUGGUCAGAUAUUAUACAGACUUUGGUAUACUACAGAAUGCUUUGUCGUACUUGUGAAAUUCUCUUGUCUAACCUGAACUUACAUUCCAUGGUGAUAACAUGGUAAAUGUAGUGAUAUUAAAGUAAGUGAACACAUCAAA